AUGGCGACUUCCUUCUUCUACUCAACGAUGCCGUCUCUACAUUGGAAAGACUCGAUCACGAGCGACCGCUUAUCCAAAAAGGAACUAAGAAAAAGGGACUUGAAUUUCGAGCCGUACACAGAAUCAGAUGUCGACUCUCAGCCUUCAUCAGAACCGUCCACAAUUCAUCAUGCAUCCCGUCCAACUACAAUUCCGACUGUCAACAUGACGCCGUAUAUUCCUGACUCUCAAACUACAGCAACGGCAAAUAUCUCCUUCGUCGACGCCUCAAUACUCAGCAAGUUGGACCUCCCGCUAUUUGAAGGAAAUCUCCUCGAAUUUCCCGAAUACUGA